AUGCUCCUUGUGGGGGUUGCACAUGUACCUCUCAUCUACUACUACAGCAUCAACAGCAGCACAAGUUCCUCUGCUACUGAUCGCUAUGCUUUGUCUUCGUCUACUACUAGAAUACGCAAAGAACAACUCAGUCCGCCACAUUUACAAACAUUAUCAUCUACCCAGUUUUUGUUGGAUCUGACGGCUCCUCUUGAACCAGUGCUCAAUACUACUACUACUCCCACAAACAAUAAUCAACCAGGAUGUUUGGCAUGGCGUGGCGCUCUAUCACCACAACAAGUCCGGGAUCAUCUUCUUACCACAACGUACACUCCCACGGGCAUUGUCAUGACACUGGUCUUGGGGCAAUCAUCCUUGGAUUUCUUGUGUCGCUUCUUUCCAUCGCAGUGGCAGCUAGUCAUUCAGCCACAAGGAUGGGAUGUUCUAUUGGUCUUGGGGUAUAUGGAUAACGAUAAUGAUCGCAAGCGUUCCAAACAAAAAGAACAAUUGAUUUCCUGUCUGGCGCUCCAAGAAACACAACCACCACGACAACAGACAUGGAUCAAUCAACUCAAUAACAAUAGCACAGUGACGACACGAGAGUACCACAUUGACCACACUAAUAAUAAUGUCACCACUACAACCCACAGUAACAGUCGCAUCUUCCUCACCGAAAUGGCAUUGGCCGUGCCACUAGCCGCGCUACAGAAUAAUGGCAAACUCCCACCCAUGUACCCUCGUCAAUGUCAAGCCCCCAAGGCAUAUGUCUUGGGGACCCGCUGGUACGUGUACGAAAUGCUGCACUUGAGUAUCUUGCAGGAGUACGACUAUUUCAUCAAGCUGGAUACCGAUGUCGUGUUCCUACAACCCAUUCCCCUCCAUCUCCUCCAUGACAUGACGAUUCGACGGGCCAUUUGGGCUCAUUUUGGGGCAUAUCCACCGCAUAUUCAAGCACCCUGCGGUACGGGCAUUGUAGCAGCCGUACAGGACUUUUUGCAAACCACAACAUCCACCAAUCAGCCACGACAACUCUGUAGUAGCCACAACACCCAACUAUUCCAAAAAGACGCCGAUCUAUACUACACCAAUUUUGUCAUUGGCCGCACCGACUUUUUCACAUCCCCCCCAAUCCUACAAUUCAGCCGUGCUUUGUCGGCUCCAAAUGGAUUCUUUCGCUAUCGAUGGACGGACCAAAUCGUGUGGCAUUUUGCCAUGGGUCUGCUGGUGGCGGAUAAUUUUCAAAAAGCCGUGGUGGAUUAUUCCGAAUUCCGAUGUACGCCCCGCAAUCAUUGUUGGAUGUCGGUGCAUUAUUACAAUCACGAUCGAUGCGACAAUGGAGGUGUCUUUUUCCAUACCAAGGCAAGCAAUAGCAGCAGUCCGUGGACCUGGAACGAACACUAUGUGGUGCAAAAAGAUAGUGUCGUCUUGGGGCGGUCUGCGGUUCCUUAUGAAACACAGUAUGUGGAUCAAUGCAAACAAAUGCCACUAUGA